AUGCCAAAAUUAAAUCCAUAUUUAAUACCAAAAGAAAAUAAAGUGCAAGUAGAAGAAGUUAGAGAAAUAGAAAAUGAAUAUCCUAGUUUUGAGGAGUUUAUGAAAACUUAUGAAAAUGAUGAGAAAACAAAUGAUAAUUAUGAAUUAGAAGUAGAUAGUUAUGGUGAUAUUAGAGAGCCAAAGAAAUCUGGACCGAUGUUUAAUCUUCUUCAAGUGUUUCAAUCGCUUCAACAAGUAUUAGAGUAUGCGCCACGUUUGGAACAUACUACACGACACUUGCCAGAUAUUACACAAGCAGCAAUGGAAACCGGAAGAUUUAUGGCGGAGCAUUCUAACGAAUUAGUUCAUGUUGGUCGUGCUAUUGGUGAAUAUGCUUCUUCAAGUUCUUCCUCAGCACUUACAACAACCUCUUCUUAUGUUUCUGAAAAUAGAGUGACUAAUCCACCAAAAACGGAAAGUCCUGUGUGGAAAGGAUUGAAGUAUCAUAGUAGCGAUAAAUAUGGGAAUGCGGUGAGAACUAAUGGAAAAACAGGUUCAAUGGAUCCAAUGACAGGAGAAAUGUAUAAGGGACCAAAAGGUCAUGAGUUGAGUGAAUUAUAUAAAGAUUAUGAUGAGUAUGUUAGCAUAAUAAGAUAUCUCGACCUUGACCGUAGAGACUUUUGCUGCGAUGAAUUACAUAAUAAUUUGCUAGGCGAAAGGGAUGGUAGACCUGAAUAUGGAGGAUCUGAACUUAACAUAAAAGAUUCUGAUGUUGGUCUUGGUGAGUUAAAAACAAGAGCAGAUAUUCCCCAAGAGUUCAAAAGUGAUGAAUGGUGA